AAGAAAUCCAUUAUGGAUGCUUCAAAAUUGUCCUAAAAGCUGUCAAGUGUGUUUGGGAGUUCCUGCGUGUGUCAACAUUUAUAACGACCAGUAUUGUCAAAUGCAACUUGGAAACUGUUGGAGACCAGCCACCGCCGCUGAUCUGGUAAAGAACUGCCGAAAAACGUGUGUGUGCAAAUGCUGUUCGUCACCUCCUGUACCAUUGCCAACAACUGCGACACUUUCAAAAAAGACGACUGCGCGCCAGACAACGACUGCGCGCCAGCCAACGACUGCGUGCCAGACAACGGCUGCCACCAUUUUUUAUUCAACUACGACCGCCCGUCAGACAACGGCUGCGACCGUUUUGUACUCAACUUCUACUGAAGAAGGAAAAACGACGACUGGAACAAAAGAAAAAACUAGUAUUCCCCAGACGACAAAGAGGACCAACAACGUAACUAGACAGGAUAUUGAUUCAAGUGAGGCAGAGGCAAGUAGACUGAACGUUCUGAUGUUGUCAGCCAUAAUUGCGGGAGUUGUUGCUUUUAUCUGUGUCGUGGGGGUUGUGUUAUUUUGCUUUUGGAGAAGAAAGCGCUCGGGAAGCUUAAAUCAACAAAAAUGGCCAACUCUGCCUCAAGCUCCAAGCGAUACUAUUCGCUCGGAAGAGAUUAUUUGGUUAGAGCGCCAACCAAGAAAAGAUUCAAGAAAUCCCAUUCUGGGUUCUGUGGAGGCGGCUGCAAUUAACGGAUGUAAUAACCAAGUUAUUACCACAGAUUCUCGUAAAAUUUCAGACGUCACGGACACCAUUUCUCGACCGCCUGAUACGCCUUUAUAUCAGGUGUUGGAAGGACCCUACGGAAUGGGCACGAUUAUGGACCGAGCAUUGUCCGGUCAGAACGAGCAGUCGUCCGAGCGCUUCCGAUCUGAUUCCGAUUAUGACGAGCCUGUGUUGAAAGAGGAGCGCGCAGCGAUUGGUUCGCCUUCAAAAGGGCGGAAAAAGGAAGCUGUUUACGAAGACGCGCAUCUUAAGAGAUUCACAGACGCUGCCGGCAGUAGUGAUACCUUAGACAACAACGAUGAGUAUUGUUAUAGUUACACAACUGACCUACCUUUAAAAGAUGAAAAAAGCAGACCACACGAGGAUCCCAAAACAAACGGCCCUUUAUACCACUCCUUGGAGGGCCCUAAUGCUGGGUACCAGGCCCUUGAGGGCAAACCGGCUCCGACGAACGGUUACACGCCCAUGGAGGGCGUAACAGAACUGAGUGGUUACCAGCCCCUUCAGAAACCAACACGGUCAGUCUAUCAGCCACUCAGAAAGACAACUACUGAAACUCCUCGAAGGGCGUUCACAAGAAAAUAAAGUCACUCUGUUUUAUCUUUGUUACUUUUUUUGAAAUUAAAAUUAUCUGCUCCCUUAGAGGAGCGAGUGAAUGUAUACUGCUUUGCUUUAAAAAAAAGCUUUAAUUUGGUGGUCGGAAAUGACGUCAUGGUAAGGCUUCGAGAUCCGGAAAUGACGUCACGUUUGUGUUUUUAUCCACUCUUUCUAUAUUUCAGUAAUGUGGUUUAUUUUCCUUGGAAAUCUAGCGUGUGAAUUUCAAGCACUCUAUGAAGAGCUGAAUUUUGAAUGUAGAAUUUCCUUGAGAAUUUUAGCUGUAAGCUGUACGUAAUUUUUGGACUUAAAUAUAUCGAGCUAUAAUUGUAAUAAAAUUGUAUGUGACAGUUCUUUUGAACUGUCAUAUACAAGAACUGUAAGAACCUUAAUCUUAGAAAACAUUAUACUUGUAACAGUCGAUCAAUCUUUGCAAUGCACAAUCUAUAUAAACAAUGUGGCGUUCAGUUGUGACUGAAGUAAACAAUUCCCAGUCCCCGGACAAUUUUGAAUCCCUACACUAAAUUAAUGACUUGAAAUUCCUUACAUAGUUUAAGCUCGAAAUUCUUUGGUUUUUUAUGUAUACCAGAACAGCGACUACAAUAACGCGAAGAAAAAAAUUGGCAUCGUUGCAAACAAUCAUAGUUCGGGGUCUUUAUUAAAUAUAUUUAAAUUCUCUCCGGGAUAAUAUAAUUGCAUUUAUUACUAACUUAGUGCAAUUUCUGUAUUUGAUGAAUUUCCUUACUUUCCAACAACGAAGCUAAACUUGUAUAAAAAUGUCCUGGACACUACAAUUUGAUAUUUUUGUCUCAAAGUAUUCAAGUGUUACCUGUAGAAAUAACUGAUUUAGGGUAAGUUUUCCAUAAGUAAUCGCGAACGGCUUGCACGGCCGGGUUGUUCCAAGCCCGAUUUAGCUAAUACAAAAUUGGCGAGAAUUUUUAUUUCAGUUUACUGACUUUUCGGUGCGGUUUUCUGUUUAUAUUGUUUGUUCUUCUAGUUUGAGAUUGUAUAAUCUCAAGCUACAGAAAAAUAAGCAUUGAAAAACAUUUUAAUACAGGAAAAAUUAAUAUUUCGGUUAACUUUUAAUCCUGGGUUAGCGUUAACCGGCUUUAGAACAACCCGACCCUGCGAAUAUCAACCUCAUACUUGUCUGUUUCAAAGUUCGCCGACGUUUGUUUGUUCAACAACCUGGAAAAAAUGUGCAAAAAUAAAGCAUUUUUUGCUGACCAAUA